UCCCAGCUGCGUUGAACAUAAGAUGAGGGUGAGACAAUCCGAAAGACAGGUGGAACUGCAAAAGUUGCCAGCUGGCCAGUCAGUCUUCAGUCAGGACUCUUAGAGGGUUCAUAUCAACUCUGAGGAAGAAAGAGCAUGAUGAAGAGAAUGAUGAAAGGAUGAGAUGCAAGCAUCAAGUGGGGAUGAUCAGGAAUGGGGAGAAGAGAGCCAGAUGUCAUUAUUUCAGAAGAACAUUCUGGGAGGUUUUCUGUGCCACCCAAAAACAUACUUUUGAAGCUUCCGGAGUGUCUUUUGGGCUCAAUUUGAUAUCAAGACCAGACAGGGAUUACCGCACAAGGUCUGUUUUCAGGAGCUGGAGAUCGUACACGCUGCUGUUUUAUGCACGUGGCAGGGGUUGAUGGGUAGGAUGAGGAGCAUCACACUGCUCUGGGUGCUGUUUUCAAGUUGGACCAUCCAAACACAAGCUCAGAUGAGGAUAUCACCUGAAACGGUUCAACAGUGGGCCGAUGCCUUUGGAAAACAGCUUUUGGCCUUGUCAAACAGAUACUCAGGCGCUCAACUCUUACAGAAGAAAUAUAAAGAUGUGGAGCCCAUAGUCAAGAUGCGGGAAGUGGAUGGUUUAAAGAUGGUGAAGGAAUUUGCUGAAGAAAUGGAGAACAUGCUGGGCAGAAAGAUGAAAUCAGUCAAGAGAAUGGCAGAGACAGUAGAGGAUGCAGAUUUUUAUCAUGAACAUAAUGCAACAUUAGAGUUUGACUACUACAAUUCCAUGAUGAUUAACACAUUGAAUGAGGAUGGGAGCUAUGUGGCUCUGGGGGGAGAAUUUCCUCUGGAGGAGAAUGAACACUUCAACAAACUGCCUGUCAGUACCCAGCAAAGCGUCAUACAAGUGCCCACCAAUGUCUAUAACAAAGAUCCUGAUAUUCUGAACGGGGUGUUUAUGUCAGAAGCGCUGAAUGACAUAUUUACUAGUAACUUUGUGAAAGACCCGACUCUAACCUGGCAGUACUUCGGCAGUUCAACAGGAUUUUUCAGACUUUACCCUGGUAUCAAGUGGACACCUGAUGAAAAUGGAGUUGUCACUUUCGAUGCCAGGAAUCGCAACUGGUACAUCCAGGCUGCCACGUCUCCCAAAGAUAUUAUCAUUGCUGUGGACAUUAGCGGUAGUAUGAAGGGUUUGAGGCUCACCAUUGCUAAACACACCAUCAACACCAUUCUAGACACACUUGGCGAAAAUGACUUUGUCAACGUCAUUGCGUACAGUGAUUACGUCCGGUAUGUAGAGCCCUGUUUUAAAGGCACACUAGUACAGGCCGACCUGGAUAACCGUGAGCACUUCAAACUUUUGGUGGAGGAGUUGCAAGUGAAAGGUGAAGGAAAGGUGAAGAAAGCCAUAAAAGAGUCCUUCAAGAUUCUCAACGAGGCAGCAGCAGAAGGCAGGGGGAGUUUAUGUAACCAGGCAAUCAUGUUGAUCACUGAUGGAGCCAUGGAAGAUUUCCAGCAGGUGUUUGAAGAGUUCAACUGGCCAGAACGCAAGGUGCGUGUGUUCACAUAUCUGAUUGGACGAGAGUUAACAUUUGCUGACAAUGUCAAAUGGAUUGCUUGCAACAAUAAAGGUUACUACACUCAUAUCUCUACUCUGGCGGAUGUACAGGAGAAUGUGAUGGAAUAUCUUCAUGUGUUGAGCAGGCCAAUGGUCAUCAACCAUGAUCAUGACAUCAUUUGGACAGAGGCUUACAUGGACAGUGUGCUACCCAAUACAGCAGAGCUUUUUAACACACAGGCUGAGAGUUUGCUGUUGAUGACCUCUGUGGCCAUGCCUGUGUUCAGCAAGAAAGAAGAAACGUUGUCUCAUGGGAUCCUCCUUGGUGUGGUUGGCACGGAUGUCCCUUUGAAAGAGCUCAUGAGAUUGGCUCCUCGAUACAAGGCUGUAUCCAUGGAGAUUAUUGCAUACAGAGUGACAAUUGCUGAUUCACCCUCAAGUGAUGAAAGACUUCUGCAGCAGACUCUGUUUGACGCAGUGGUCACAGCUCCUAUGGAAGCCUACUGGACCGCACUGAUGCUCAAUGCCUCCGGUAUUGAUGGGGGUGUGGAGACGGCGUUCCUGGGCACACGCUCUGGCCUCAUGAGAAUGAUCAGAUAUGUCGGCGCAGAGAAACGUGUGGCGAAAAAAUUCUUAUCUCCACCAGAUAAGGAGAAUAUUUUUACUCUGGACCAUUUCCCUGUUUGGUAUCGUCGUGCGGCAGAGAAUCCAUCUGGACGAUUUUUGUACUAUGUCUCUAUAGAGGACAGCACACAAGGUAGCCUGCACCCUGCAAUCCACAUCAUACAGACAAUUUUACACCGUUUAGAUAUUAUGCUCAGUAUUUUUUUUUCUCUCCCUGCAGUGGAUGGCAGGUUUGUGAUUGCUGUCACGUCUGUUACAGUCUCUGUGAACAAAAAGACAGCAGUUGCUGGAGCCAUUGGUGUACAGAUGACUCUUGAGAUGUUGGAAAAAAGGUUUUGGUCCAUAGCCACACAGGCGAAUGACACAGAUUGUUCAGGUGUAGAUGGGCUUUGUCCUCUAAGCUGUGCCGAUAAUCCGGAUGUUAACUGCUACGUCAUUGACAGUAAUGGCUUCAUCAUCAUCUCUAAGGACAGGACUGAUGUUGGCAGGUUUCUGGGGAAAAUUGAUGGGUCGGUGAUGUCACAGCUCUUGAAAAUGGGCAUGUUCAAAAGAGUGUUACUCUAUGACUAUCAGGCCAUGUGUAAGGUGAAUCCUCACUACGCUAGCGGCGCUCGACCCCUGCUAAGUCCCUUUUAUAAUCUUUUGGCAGCACUGAGAUGGUUCCUGUCGAACUUCCUGUUGUUUUUACUGGACUUCAACAUCUACAGUCUGUGGCACUCAGAUCCCUUUGCGGAGGCCAAGACCUUAUUCCAUGCAUCUAGUAAGAAGUCAAAGGGGGACAUCCUGCAGCCCUGUGACACUGAGUAUCCCAGCUUCGUCUAUGAGCCGUCAAUCAAAGAAACCAACAGCAUGAUCAAGUGUGGGAGAUGUCAAAAGAUGUUUGUAAUUAAUCAGAUUCCUGAUAGUAACUUGCUGUUGGUGGUGAUUCAGGCAGACUGUGACUGUUCUCGGCAGUACGCGGCCAUCACCAUGGAGCCCAAAGAGGUCAAAUACAAUGCCUCAGUGAAAUGUGACCGCAUGAGAUCUCAGAAGAUGCGAAGAAGGCCUGAGUCUUGUCACGCUUACCACCCUCAAGAAAAUGCUAAGGACUGCGGUGGGGCCGCGGUAAUCAGCUUGUCCAUCAUGCUGUUCCUAGCCUGUUUAUCAGUCUCUGCCCUCAUCCGUCGAUGACAGAGGACCUGUUAAACUCACCUAUAAUGCACACACUCAACUCAGCAUGUUUUUAUUAGCAAUAAUAUGAGUUGACUAGACUAGAACACAUUAUUUUUCUACAGUGCAAAGUCAACAUUAAUUAUAAGUAGCAUUACUCAUUACAAUUUAAAGUUUGUGGAUUUUUUUAAACAGUUCUGGGCUUUGUCUCUUUGGUGUCUGAACCAUCAGCAAAACAUGUUUGAAAAAUCAGUGUCAUCAGUGAGGAUGGACCUAGACCUAGACAAGGAUGAACAGCAGCUGAGCUUCACUGAACUGUGAUAUUACAGAGGAGAAUUUAUGGCUGUAUGCUGUAUGUGACUAUCUCUAAUAUAAAGCAGAAGAAAAUUGCACAGUCUAUUGGUGUGAGUGUGUGUGUGUGUAAAUGAGAGAGUGAAAAACAGGAACAGUUAGCAUGGCUUUUCACAUCUUUCUUUUAUCACCGGAGGUGAUCUAUGGACUAAAAAAUGACCAUGACAUGAAAACGAGGUUGUUACGGGAAUUUGAAGAUGUCUUGUAUUUAAACCUUUGAUUUUAGUUGUCUGUCCUGCAACUUGCACAAAAACUAUUUUUUAACAAUUAUUAUAACUAUGCAUUAUUAAUACAACAGAUUAUACAGCUCUGUCAGAAUAAAUUACAAAAAUGUGUCAUGUUUACUUUCUUACAUUAAAUAUCUUGUAAUUUGUGUUUUUGCUCAGGUAUUAUUAUAUGUGGUUAUCUUUUCAAAUGCUAAUGAUAAUGACACUGUGAAUAUUGCAUUACAGGAAUCCCAUGUGUCUUACUGUACACCUAAAACUUAAUUUUAAAAUGCUUUUGAGUUAAAAGGAG